AUGGAUGUUUCUAGCUUAUCGGACGAGAUGGGCUCUACGCGGGUUAUUCGGAUGAAUUUCGACUAUACGCUGUUCAAGGAGAUGGCCCCAUUCUCGCCGCAUGUUAUGACUCAGGUCGACAAGUUACAUGCCAAAGGCAUCACAGGCAAAGGCGUGAAGGUUGUUGACUACACCAAUCCUGCAUUGGGUGGCUGCUUUGGCAAAGGGUGCCCUAUUUCAUUCGGAUAUGACCUUGUUGGAGACAGGUACGACCCAAGCAGCCUAGAUCCUACACGCCGCCCGGCCCCCGACAAAGACCCGAUUGACUGCCAUGGCCAUGGUACGCAUGUUGCCGGUAUUAUUGCUGCUCGAGAUAACCCCUGGGGCUUCAACGGUGCCGCCCCUGGUGCCGACCUCGGCAUGUAUCGUGUCUUUGGCUGCGGACCCGGUGUUAGUGACGAGGUGCUCAUCUCAGCAGUCAACAUGGCCUUUGAGGACGGCGCAGACAUCAUCACUGGGUCCCUCGGCUCUCACGGCGGUUGGACCGAGAGUGCCUUGGAAACCAUCUUAUCCCGGGUCGUGGAUCGCGGAGUUGUAUGCACUUUCGCCGCCGGGAACUCGGGUGCUUUUGGCUUCUUCUCCCCCGGGGGGCCAGCAGACGGCAACGGCGUAACGUCUGUGUCCUCUUUCGAAGCCGUUAACGCAUCAGUCAUGCUCUACACGUCGCAUUACUCUACCCACGGCGGGGAGUGGCGCGAAUUUGGAUUCGUGCCAGCCACUCGAGCCAACUGGAACGUGACGUUGCCGAUCUACGCGACCAGCCUCAACACCAGCAUCACCAACGAUGCGUGCAAGCCGCUACCGGAUAGUACGCCUAACUUGGGAAACAAGAUUGUGCUUAUUCGCAUGGGCACAUGCUUGCCAUAUCUGCAGGCGAGAUAUGCUGGCCAGAAGGGCGCCAACCACAUCAUGUUCUACAAUGACGUUCCGGGGGCUUCCACGGUCUCCGUCGCUGACAGACCUUUGCCUCAUGUUCGCAUUGUCUCAGCAGGAAUGGUUGAGCCAGAAACUGGCGAAGCAUGGGUCAAGGCAUUGAAGGCAGGGAGUGUCAUCACCGUGAAUGUCACAUACCCAGACAUCCGAGGCGGUGGCGCUGUCAGCCCUUUCAGUUCCUUUGGCCCGACUUUUGGGAUGGACUUCAAACCACAGUUCGGCGCACCUGGUGGCAACAUUCUGUCUACACACUCGAUUGCGAAGGGUACCAUCGAAGUCAUGUCUGGCACAUCCCAGGCGACACCGCUCAUGGCUGCGAUAAUUGCCCUCAUUUUCGAGGUACGCGGCAAGCUCGACCCAAGGUCCCUCACAAACCUCCUUGCGGCGCACGCUGUCCCACAGCUACGGAAUGACGGGUUCCGAUUCUUCAAAGGGCUGGCUCCAGCGCCGCACCAGGGUGCCGGGCUUGUACAAGCAUACAAUACCGCCUACGCGACCAACAUGCUUGAACCUUCGAGCCUGUCCUUCAACGAUUCAGACCAUCUCCAGCCACAGCUCACGUUCACUCUCUCCAAUUACGGCAAGCUCGACGUAUCAUAUCGCAUUUCUCAUGUCCCUGCAAGCACCGUGUACGUCUUCCCACGUAGGGAUGAUCCAGUGUGGCAUCUCCCCAUGUCGCUUCGGUGGGAUUUUGUCGACGCAGCGGCCACGCUUGGCUUCUCCGAAGAACAGGUAGCCCUCGCACCGGGUCGCCGCAAGACGGUCUCAGUCUCUGCGAAACAGCCGACGAAUGUCGACUUGGAGCGCUGCGCACUUUGGUCCGGCUACAUAAUUGUCAAUGGUAGAGACGGUUCAUCCCUGUCAUUGCCGUACCAAGGCCUCGCAGGCUCCCCGCACAACAAAACCAUCGUGCGCUCAGACAAGGUAAUACUCUCCGACAGCGACAUCUUUGAUCAGCCCCGGCCACCGAAGAGCACCUUUACUCUUCCGGCGCCGGGAAGAUUUAACGUCACGGACGUCUUGCCCUUGGGCUUUACUAACCUGGGGCUGGGAAGCCGCAUCAUCCGUGUCGACAUUGUGCCCCUGACCACCUGUCCACCAAAGGGCCUCGCAAUCGAUGACCCAAUCGGCUGCAGCAAUAUGAAGACAAUCGGCCAGCCUGACAUGUUCCUUGGAGAAGCCCAGUACUAUAAAUCCUGA